AGAUUUUUGUUUACAAAAUAACAGAGUCGGAGAUUACAAACAAGAUUACAAAGUUUUGCCAAUUUCUCAUAAAAUAGUUAGUUUAAAUCAAUUUCUUCCAUCAAAAAUGGAGCAAAUCUACAAGCCAAAAAACGAUCAAAUCAUUUCGGUUCGGCAAGCCUUCGCUGAAUUCCGACAAGAGCUCCUCCCGCCCAAUUUGAUGCCUAGGGUGCCUUUUGCCGAAGAGGACAUCGCUGAGGCAAUCGGAUUCACUGGUUCGAAUAACCAGUUCAACGAUCUCCUGCAGUCCAUCGACCUGGACUUGAACCUUUCCAGUACCAAAGAUAUGCGCGUCGUUCCUUUCCAUCCGUCCCGAGUGCUGGCCGUUCAGAAACAGAUUGAAGUGCCGGAGAAGGCGCGAAAGUUCCGCUGCGUGCAAAAUGCCUUGCGUAUUACCGGAAGAAUCCGCAAGAAUCUGGACACCAGAAUUCGCUACAACAAGCACAAAUACACGGAAAGCCCGCCGCUAGAGGAUCCCGACUUGGAUCCAUUCUCAGAAAUGCUCCUACAGAUUCGCUUCUACGAACCUUUCAAGUACAAAACCGGUGUCCGACUUGGCCAUCCGAAGUUCCAUCAGGAGUUUUACGUGAUCGGUUCUCAAACCCUAGCCGAGCUUAGAGACAAAGUAUACUGUCAUUGCGAUUCAGGCCCGUUUUUCGACAUCAGUGAUAAUCCGCACCAACCGGAACGGAAACGGCUGCAGGAUGAAGCGAAUCCGGGAUUCUUCUUCAUUCACGACACGUUCUACAACGACAUGAGGAACGACCGCAAUAUGGACUACUCGGAGGUGAUUCGGAAGUGGGCCGAGCGGCAGAAGUGUGUUGGGGAAUUGAAGUGCAGGAAAAUGGAAGAAACGAGAUUCGACGAGCUGAGGUUCCGAUUGGGAUAUCCGCAGGUCUACCAGCAUCACGGCAACUGCGAGCAUAUAUUCCUCAUUUCGGACUGUCGAUUGCUAUCACCAACGGACAUACUAACAAGGAAGCGAUACCCGAUUCUGAACUCCUACGUCUUCCCUCGAUCGAUACCGUGCAACAUUUGCGGCCAUUGUGAGGCCAACUUCAUCGUCAAGAACAGCGACCAGCACAUUUUCGAUCCGGCUUACGUGUGUCAGGCUUGCUUUGAAUCGUACCACUAUAAGGAUGGGAAGAAAAUUGGCGAGUUUGAGGCGUACCGAUUCCUUGGUACCAAAGUGGCCGUGAAGGAUGACGAACCCGAAGUAGAGAAUCAAUAGCAAGUCAAAUCACA